GUGGGCAUUAUACAUACACACGCAUACAGAGGCGCACGUUACCCCGUUCUGUUUGAGAAUUUGUUACACCGUGACAUUUCAUUAAUUUAAAAAAUUAAAACAUGAACGGCAUAUUAAAAUUCGGACCGAUAUCCACAUUUUUAAGAGCCACAAAAAUCAUUGGGCAUGGAAAAUCAUCGUCAAUUGGGGCUUUAUCGAGAGCCAUGCACGUCUCCGUUAACAGGGGCGAAGCAAAACUCAACACAGACAUGUCAAAAAGUUACCCCGUUUACGAUCAUAAAUACGACGUUUUGGUUAUCGGCGCUGGAGGAGCCGGAUUGAGGGCUGCUUUCGGACUCGUCGAGGGUGGUUUUAAAACGGCCGUUAUCACGAAAUUAUUUCCAACGAGAUCGCAUACUAUCGCGGCGCAAGGAGGUGUAAACGCUGCAUUAUCAAAUAUGGAAGAGGACCAUUGGUUAUAUCACAUGUACGAUACCGUAAAAGGUUCCGAUUGGUUAGGAGAUCAAGAUGCGAUUCAUUACAUGACUCGGGAGGCUCCGCAAGCUGUCGUUGAGUUGGAAAAUUAUGGAUGCCCCUUCUCGAGGACUAAAGAUGGUAAAAUUUAUCAACGCGCCUUUGGGGGGCAAUCGCUUAAAUUUGGUAAAGGGGGCCAAGCGCACCGGUGUUGCGCCGUGGCUGAUAGAACGGGGCAUAGUAUGUUACACACACUUUACGGGCAAUCUUUAAGAUACGAUUGUAAUUAUUUCAUUGAAUAUUUCGCUUUGGAUCUAAUUAUGGAUGGGGAUAAAUGCAAGGGGGCGAUUGCUUUGAAUAUGGAGGAUGGAACUUUACACAGAUUUUUAUCAAAUAACACGGUUUUAGCCACGGGCGGGUUUGGGAGAGCUUAUUUUUCUUGCACCUCAGCCCACGCUUGCACAGGAGAUGGGCACGGUUUAAUUUGCCGCGCAGGUCUUCAACUCCAAGAUAUGGAAUUUAUCCAAUUCCACCCAACGGGGAUUUACGGCGCCGGUUGUUUGAUGACGGAAGGAUGCCGAGGCGAGGGGGGAUUCUUAAUAAACAGCAAAGGAGAGCGUUUCAUGGAGCGUUACGCCCCCGUUGCGAAAGAUUUGGCGUCUCGGGACGUCGUUUCUCGCAGUAUGACGAUCGAAAUUCGCGAAGGGCGCGGAGUUGGCCCCGAAAAAGAUCACAUUCACCUCCAACUACAUCAUUUACCAGCGGAACAAAUUCAUUCGAGGUUACCUGGAAUCGCCGAGACCGCUUUAAUUUUCACAGGGAGGGAUGUCACGAAAGAACCGAUUCCUAUUAUUCCAACGGUUCAUUAUAAUAUGGGGGGAAUCCCAACGAAUUAUAGGGGACAGGUUUUAGUUAACCAUGAUGGUCACAACGACAAAUUCAUCCACGGUUUAUACGCUUGUGGGGAAGUCGGUUGUUCGAGCGUGCAUGGAGCGAACCGUUUAGGGGCUAACUCCCUCCUUGAUUUAGUUAUUUUCGGAAGAGCUGUUGCAAACACCAUUAAAGAGUGCCACAAACCCGGCGAAUCCCCCGGUGAAUUAAAAACCAACGAUGGUGAAAAUGGGGUUGCGAACUUAGAUAAAUAUCGCUACGCUAAAGGAAGUGUAAAAACAGCCGAUUUACGUUUGGCCAUGCAAAAAAAUAUGCAAACGAACGCCGCGGUGUUCCGCCGUGAAAAAGAAAUGAAGGAAGGUAUUGAUAAACACAUCGAAUUGUAUGGCAAAUUAAAAGAUGUUGGAAUAACCGAUCGCAGUUUGAUUUGGAAUACUGAUUUAAUCGAAACUUUGGAGUUGGAGAAUUUGAUGAUGUCCGCAUCGCACGUUGUGAUUUCCGCCGAAAAUAGGAAAGAGUCGAGAGGGGCUCAUGCCCGCGAGGAUUAUCCGAAACGUAUCGACGAAUUCGAUUAUGCAAAACCACUCGAAGGGCAACAAAAACAACCGAUUGAGAAACAUUGGAGAAAACAUACUUUAUCAACGAUCGAUCCAGAUACUGGUUGUAUUAGCAUUAGUUAUAGACCGGUUAUUGAUGACACUUUGGACCAAAAUGAAUGUAAAACGGUUCCACCUGCUAUUAGGGUCUAUUAAAUUUAUCAAAUAAAUUUUUUUUAUUUAUUUGGAUAAGUAUCAAAGUGUACAGAAUCGAAAAUUAUUUACAUUUUUAUUAAAAAAGAAAAAUGUGAUAAAACAACAUCCUAAUUGAUUAAUUUUUGUUGUUAUUAAUUUUUUUUUUCUUUUGAGGUCGGCGUAAAAAUUUGAACAGGUUUAAAGAAACGUCGUAGAAAUUAAUUAAGUUAUUAUAGGUUUAUUAACUUUUAUUUAUUUAAAAAAAGUAUUUGUGGCAGUAUUUUUCGCCGACUUAUUAAAACAUACUAAAUAAAUGCAACAAUUAAAACUUUAA